GCAGGUGAGAGAAGGUCCUUGUCCCUCUCUGCUUGUGCCUCAAGAGGCUCUGGAAAGGCAGGUGGCAGUACCAGGGAACAGCUGUCCCUGCAGGACAUAGCUGAGCUAAUCCGGACCAGAGCCUGCAAGAGGGUGGUGGUCAUGGUGGGGGCCGGCAUCAGCACACCAAGUGGCAUUCCUGACUUCAGGUCUCCUGGAAGCGGUCUCUACAGCAAUCUCCAGCAGUACGACAUCCCGUACCCCGAAGCCAUUUUUGAACUCGAGUUCUUCUUUCGGAACCCCAAGCCCUUUUUCACCUUGGCCAAGGAGCUGUACCCAGGGAGCUUCAGGCCCAAUGUGACCCACUACUUCCUCCGGCUCCUGCACGACAAGGGGCAGCUGCUGCGGCUCUACACACAGAACAUUGAUGGGCUCGAGCGAGUAUCCGGCAUCCCUGCCUCAAAGCUGGUUGAAGCUCAUGGCACCUUUGCGUCUGCCACCUGCACCGUCUGUCUACAACCCUGCCGUGGGGAGGACUUCUGGGCCGACGUGUUGGCGGACAGGGUGCCCUGCUGCAGGGUCUGCACCGGCAUUGUGAAGCCCAACAUCGUAUUCUUCGGGGAGCCACUGCCAGAGAAGUUCCUGCUGCACCUAGCCGAUUUCCCCAUGGCUGACUUGCUGGUCGUCCUUGGGACCUCUCUUGAGGUGGAGCCCUUUGCCAGCUUGUCCGAAGGUGUCCGCAGCUCUGUGCCUCGAGUGCUCAUCAACCAGGAUGUGGUGGGCACCUUUGCCUGGCAUCCCCGGGGCAGGGAUGUAGUGCAGCUGGGGGACGUGGUGCACAGCGUGGAGAAGCUGGCGAAGCUCCUGGGCUGGACUGAAGAGUUGCAGGACCUUAUGCAGCGGGAGACAGAAAAGAUGUGGGUCAUGUCUGGCAAGUCUGGGCCCCUGACAUGCACAGUUGGAGCUGGUAUGGACCCCCAGCGUGUGCAGGUGGAGCUGGUGUGGGUGUGGCUCACGUCCGGCAUGUCUGGGCUAUUGAUGCACUUGUGA